CACGAGCGGGAGCGUGCGUGUGGGAACGAGGACGAGGCCGGUCAGGAGCAGUUUCCUGGGUGCGUAAGGCGUCACCGCGACGGGCAGGUCAGCCCGUUGAAGGGGGAGAGCCGCUACUGGCGAUGUGACGAGAACAAGAUAAGUUUACCGAAGUCUGGCUGGCGCUGUCGCAUUCAUCGGGCAGGACGACGAGAAGCAGAACACCGCCGUGCCUCACGAGAACAUCCAGACAACUGGAUUAACUGUCGGUAUCAUUUUGGAUAAAGGGGAGCUCGAGGCGGACCGGAGGGCAGCCCCGGAGAGGGCAAGUGUGUGCUGUGGCGCGGCGGGGUCCUGCUAGCGAAAGAUGAACAAAAAUCACCGAGUACCGAGCAACCGAAGUCUGAGCGCCGUGGAGGUGAAGAGUAAGUUCGGAGCCGAGUUCCGCCGGUUCUCCCUGGACCGGUCGAAGCCGGGCCGGUUCGAUGAGUUCUACGGCCUGCUGCAGCAUGUCCAUCGUAUCCCCAACGCAGAGCUGCUGGUGGGCUACGCAGAUGUGCACGGAGACCUGCUGCCCAUCAACAAUGACGACAACUACCACAAGGCCAUCUCCACCGCCACGCCACUGCUCAGGCUGUUCCUGCAGAGGAAAGAAGAGGCAGACUACUCGGCCUUCGGUACUGACUCCCUGACCAGGAAGCGUACGGUCCUCUCCACGGUGCUCCUGCGUCCGGACGCGGGCAGGAAGAAGCCUCCAGUCAUCAUCAGCCUCCCGCGAGACUUCCGUCCCGUCUCCUCCAUCAUCGACGUGGACAUCCUCCCCGAGAGCCACCGGCGUGUGCGGCUCUACAAGCACGGGCAGGAGAAGCCGCUGGGCUUCUACAUCCGGGACGGCUCCAGUGUGCGCGUCACGGCCCAGGGCCUGGAGAAGGUGCCGGGGAUCUUCAUCUCCAGGAUGGUGCCGGGGGGGCUAGCGGAGAGCACGGGGCUGCUGGCCGUGAACGACGAGGUGCUGGAGGUGAACGGCAUCGAGGUGGCGGGAAAGUCUCUGGACCAGGUGACCGACAUGAUGAUCGCCAACAGCCACAACCUCAUCGUCACGGUGAAGCCGGCCAACCAGCGCAACAACGUGGUACGAGGAGGGGGCGGGGCGUCCGGGAGCUCGGGGCGUUCCUCCGACAGCGGGGCGAGUUACUACGGUUACUCGGGCGGCGCCGCGGUGACGACGCCCACGCACAUCAUUCAGAACUUCGAGGAGGAGGAUCUGGACAGCGAGGAGGACGAGGAGGACCUGGUGAUCGAGGCCGGGGCAGAGGCCACCCUCAUCCUCGGGGCUGUGUCCACCAGCUCCAGCAUGCGCUCGCUCCCCCGCUACGAGCCACACCUUAACCUCCGCACUGGCCCCGCCCCCUUCGCUGGCCCCGCCCCUGCAAAGUCCAACGGAAGCCUGGGGGCCAAUGGCAGCACGGGGUCUCUCAGCCCUCUCGACAGGGGCCCUGAGGGGCGGAGCCUGGAGGAGGACGGAACUGUCAUAACACUGUAGAGACACACACACUAUACCACACACACUAUACCACACACACUAUCACACACACACACACCUUGAAAGAACACACUGGUAUCCAGUACGUACGUCCAUGGAGGGGUGGACUGGAUCUGUACCCUUGUGAAGCUGCACCUGAGAAGCACUACAUCCUGCUUGCUUUUAGACAGACAGACAGACAGACAUGCCAACGACCCUGCAUGUGUGCCAUAGCAACAACAAGCCGCUCCCACACUGUGACAGACAGUCAGGUUGAUGAUAGGUGCGUUCGACAUGGACUGCGGCUGCAUGAAACGACCGGCGAGAGUAGCCGCUUGCAGUCGGGGAGGAGUUGAAAACGGCUCUGUAAAGUCGGACAUUCCAGCUUCUCGUGGUUUGCUGCGUUGACGUCAGUCAUGGCCGAUCAAGCGCUGUUUGCUUACUUUACUUUAUUUAUAAUUAAACUUAGUCUUUCCGUUAGUGAAGAGGCGGACUAAAACCUUUUCUUCAACACAUUUUUAAUUCAAUUAAACUGUUUGGUCCGGAUUUGAGCGUUGGCGAAACUGAAGGUGUCAGAAAAAUUACAAAACACGCGUCAAAGUUGUCGUGUGUGAGUCUGGCCAAUCAUGAAAUAGCUGUGUCGUCAUUUGAACCCGUGCAGUUGCUCUUGAGAAAAUGCGCUCGGCUACACAGCCGGCAGUUCUCGAAUCGAUCUCACGGUACUUUGAUGGCUACGUCACAGUGACCUAGCCUCGGCGCCGUCUCAAGUCGGACAAAAAGUCUAACCAGAAUUCACUGUUUCAAGUCAGCCGCCUGCAGCCGGCUGCAGCGCUGCAUGAAGUCAGGUCAUGUCGAACGCACCUGAUGUCACAGGGUGUUCGGUGGGUCUGGACGCUCUGAUUGGCUCUUCCCAAUGUCUCGGCCUGGCUGGCUGGGCGUGGCAGUCCCCUGUGCCUCCACUAGAGAGUGCUGGUGAUGAGGGGCUUCGUUAACACGUCACCUUUCAAAGAAAAAGAAAGCGUGUUUUUUAUUGAACGAGCGAGCGAAUGCACUUAUCUGGGGGAUCUGAGGUUGGACUAACCAUCUCAUCUUGCCUUGUCUCUGCGUUCAGCAAUAACCACUCCCCCUUAAGCAAUCGCGGCAUGCGAUUGGGUGAAACUUUUUAGCUUCCAAUGUGUGUGUUACCAUAGUAACUGGCAAAUUGAGCUGAGGUCUGCAAUAAUGUUUUUUUUUUUGGUCUGGCUGAAGAGAGGAAAAGAAACUGAGUAAUAAUCUGGGUUUUAGUAAUUAGACAGUUCUAUAUUACUGCUGUUCCUCCUCACUAAUCAUGUGCUUCUGUUUAGGCAGCCAUUGCUCAAGCAGCGGAACUCAAACAUAACUAAAACUAAAGUGUUUUUUGUUUCUUUCUGUGAUAUGUUUUGAUGAUUGGUUCCGUGUUGUGUCUGGGAGUGUUCUAAUUGGGUAUGCUUCACAACUGACUAUAUGACCACUAAGGAAGCGAGCACCUUUCUCCAUUCGACCAAUGGGAUGUUGUCAGUUGUGUAUCCAGGAAGUAACUAGCCAGUAGCUGUCUCCCCUCCUGAGGACAGUGGAACCUGUCGCAGAACUAGAACCUCAAGUAGAAUGUACUUCCUGUGGCUGCAAGAAGUGGGUUCCUAGUUUGACCACAGCGGCUGUGUUCUCUAGAAGAUUCCUCCUCUCCUCUGACAAAAGCAUGAUUGUAAAAUGGGAUUUCCUGAUUUGUCUGGACCAUGACUCAUCUCUCACUCUUCUCAGUACUGUAUAUGCAUCAUGACUCUCUCUCUCUCUCUCUCUCUCUCUCUCUCUCUCUCUCUCUCUCUCUCUCUCUCUCUCUCUCUCUCUCUCUCUCUCUCUCUCUCUCUCUCUCUCUCUCUCUCUCUCUCUCUCUCUCUCUCUCUCUCUCUCUCUCUCUCUCUCUCUCUCUCUCUCUCUCUCUCUCUCUCUCUCUCUCUCUCUCCUCAUGGUCCCUGUCUCUGAGUCCACUUGGAUGUGUCCAGUAGAGGUUCACGUAUGAAGAGUGACUCAGUCACCACACAGGACAUACAGGAUGUAGUAGCACCUGUUCUCCUGUACACUCCGAAUCCUUUAUCAGUCUCACUUAGCGGAGCACACACACAGACACCUGCAGGCAGCGGCAAAACACACACAUCCCACACACACAUACCCCACACACACACACACACCCCAGCACACACAUACCCCACACACCCCCCCGCCCCCCACACACACACACACACACACCCCACACACACAUACCCCACACACACACACACACCCCACACACACAUACCCCACACACCCCCCCCCCCCCCCCCCCCACACACACACACACACCCCACACACACACACCAGGGACGUGGGCAGGAAAGGGAGUUGGAAUGUAGUUCUGGUAUGAAACCAUCCCUCUUUGUUUCCACUCAUUAAGACGUUGGAAAUUAUCUGGGAUCUGACAAGCAAAGCGUGCACCGCCUGGUACAGUGUGAAAGGGCUUUGUUCUUUAGAAAGUUUAAGUUGUCAUCUCCACACCCAGGUAAAUACCUGUGCUGUGUUCUCCUCAGGUGUGUAGGGCCUGGUUGAUAUGGGACACACACACACACACAGGCACACAGAAACUUGUGAGGGUGUGUUUGGGGAGGGUGGGGCCUGUCUACCUGAUGUAUGACUAGGUGUGUAUGUGUGUACACACCUGACUGUACUUGAGUGAAUACAACUCCCACCAAACUGUACAGUAGAGCUAUUCCUGGACUACAAUUCUCAUCAGCUGUACUGUGUGGGCUGUAAGCACUGCAGACCCCCCCCUGUGGAGAGGGAGCGGAUGUUGCAAUGCAUUGUUGUUAAUGAAGUCUUCUGCCCUCUGAAAUAACCUAUAGGGAACAAUUACCUCACACACCUUCCUCUCUCUAACAUCUCUUCAUCCAGCUCCCCAUCUAUCACUCCCUCCCUUCAUCCAUCAAUUCAUCCCUUCAUCUCAGUCGAUAGGAUCACCAGGGGAGAACACUACACUCACACACACACACACACACACACACACACACACACACACACACACACACACACACACACACACUACACUCACACACACAAACACAAACACAAACACACACACUCACACACACUCUCACACACACACACACACAGUACUCAGAUGAUGUUAUGGUUACACUGGGUGUUGUAGUGAGGCUGUCUUGUGUGUCUCGUUCUAAACACGUAACUUUCAUGACGAGUGGCAUUUGAACGAAAGAUUUUAGCGAUUACUGUUAAUUUAUUUUGUUUUUAACCACACAGGACAAGGGGAUUGUAACCACAACAAAAUUAUUUAUUUUCUAAUCAACAUAUUACUUUAUUUGCCUAGUACACAUUUUAUGAAUUUAUUUGAUAUAUAAAUGAUCCAAUAUGUUAAUUCACGAUGGAAGUUCUUAUUCUGAUGUAUUCCUAAUAGAUAUUUUUACCUUUUUGAUCUGAAAGAAAUCGUUUUUUUUCGGUCUAACCUGGGCUGCUGGUUAUACACGUCGCCAUGACAUUUCCAUACUGUGAACAAUUUCCGGCUUGUUUAGAGUUUAGAGAACCCGAACUAAUGUCUGAACAUUUUGCUUUGGGUCCGAUUUGUGUUUUUUUCUUUUUGUACGAAUGAGCAAUGAUUUUUGCUUGCCAGAAUAAAUCCUAAAGUAUAGAUUUGUACUGAAAAUUGUCAGUAUUUUCUUAUUGAAGCUACACAAUGUACAUUUUUAUCACAUUUAAUAAAGAUUCAUGAUAGUUGAUUCCAUGAGCUGGAGAAAAUAAACUAACAUGUAGCAAUCCCUA